AUGGUGAAGAUCGAAGGGGCACCAAUGCGUCUUCAAUUGUGGGACACAGCAGGACAAGAACGAUUUCGAUCGUUGACAUCGAAUUUCUUUGGCCGGGCCGAUGGCUUUGUUCUUACGUACGAUAUUUCCAACAGACCAUCGUUCGAUCACGUGAUUGGAUGGAUGAGAGACAUCAAGACGAGAGCGCCACCGGAUUGCGAUAUUGUGUUGUGCGGAAACAAAAGUGAUCUUGACAACGAUAGAGUGGUUACAUACGAUGAGGGAAAGCAAUUGGCAGACGAAUAUGGAGUGCAGUUUUUUGAAACCUCUGCACUUACAGGGCACCAUGUUGAAAAAAUGUUUACGUCCCUCGCAACAACCAUCAAACAUAAGCGGAUCGACGAAUUUGAAGGAGCAAUGCCCCCUACUGCUGACAGUGCCUCGGCCGCUGGAGGCGGUCAGCCAAUCAACUUGACAACACCCACUGCCGACAACGCUGCACCAAAGCAAGGAUGCUGUUGA